GAGGAGGUCGUGCCAGCAAGGUGAAGGUAAAUGAUUUAGUAUUGGUGUUAGGUAGGUGGUGGUUUUGUUGGGCCAACAAAUCAGUGGUGGUGAAGUUCUUUUGAUCAAUUUUUUGUGUGUUUUCUAUUUAUUUAUUUUUAUUUUUGAUCAUUUUUUAGUGUUUUUUUCAAUUCGACCCUAGAGUUAAGAUUUUUGUAGUAUACACUAGAUGGUGGUGAUGAUGGAGAGAGAUAGAGAGAGAAGGGGGACUGGUGGAGUGGAGAGUGGAGAAUGGCAACGGCAGUGGUGGAGUGACUAUGUUUUGGGUUUCUCUAAAUCCUUUGAGAACAAAGUGUUUCUGAGAAAGAAGGAGGGGGUAGUCUAGUCCUUCAAGGUCAAUCCCAGAUUCGCCUCAGGGCAGUUUAGGAAUUAAUAGAAAAUCUACUGUAAACUUUCAUGUCCAAGUCAGCAUUUGAUAAAAUUUCAUUAAUCUGAAAAACUUGAAUUUAACUCCACCUUUUUUACAUUUGACCAUCAAAACACCAUUUUUUUUUUAUUUUUAGAAUUAUCCCUGUAACCAAUUGGUCAGAAAUCGAGAUACUCAUCCUUAGGAGUGGCUGUGUUCAAAUAGUUACUAUUUAUUAAAUUAUUCCAAAGAUAAAAGGUUCCAGUAGAACACUAUUUUAUUAUGAACCGGUCAAUUUACGACAACUUCCAAUGGUGCAAACCUGGUGGAGCGCCGGUCAAAAGUAUAUGUUAUUUAAUGUUGGUUAGAUAGGGAUGAAUCAGUUAGGGAUAACCACACCUUCACAUUAUGAUGUUAUUUAAUUCUCAUCACAUCACCCAUAUGUAGACAAUAAUGGUAGCUUUUGGACCUGCACUGGCCGGUCAAAAAUGGCACCUGGUGAUGAUCAUCCCUUGUGUUCAUUUCAAUAGAUAUAUAGAGGGAGACUUAUACACCACAACACACAAUCUCUCUCUCCAUAGUUCAAUCACACAAUUCUCUUUCAUUUUCAUACACUGCCAUGGCAUCCAACACCAAGGAGUAGCCACUGAGCUCCUCCCCGUCAUCCGAGUCUUCAAAGACGGCGCGGUGGAGCGACUCUUCGGCUCACCCUACGUCCCACCAUCACCCCAAGACCCAGCCACUGGUGUCUCAUCCAAAGACAUCACCAUCUCACCCAACGUCUCAGCUCGUCUCUUCCUCCCAAACCUCACACAACCCACCACUAACCAAAAGCUCCCAAUCUUAGUCUACUUCCACGGAGGCGCAUUCUGUCUCGAAUCCGCCUUCUCCUUGUUGGACCACAAUUAUCUCAACGCCAUCGUCUCCGAGGCUAAAGCUGUCGCAGUUUCAGUCGAGUACAGAUUAGCCCCAGAGCACCCUUUGCCCGCAGCCUACGAGGACUGCUGGGAAGCUCUCCAAUGGGUGGCUUCACAUGCACAGCGUGAGACGGGUCCUGACAAUUACGAACCGUGGUUGACCAACCACGGAGACUUCAGUAAAGUUUUCAUUGGUGGUGACAGUGCAGGUGGUAAUAUAGUUCACAAUGUGGCCAUGCGUGCCGGCGUUGAGGGUUUGCACGGCGAUAUAAGGAUCUUAGGAGGAUUUCUUUCUCAUCCUUACUUCUGGGGCUCUGAGCCUGUUGGGUCUGAACCGAGUGGAAGUGGUCAUGAAGAGAGUUUGGCUUAUAGGGUUUGGCCAUUUGUGUAUCCUAGUGCACCGGGUGGCAUAGACAGCCCGAUGAUAAAUCCGAUGAAAGAGGGCGCGCCGAGCUUGUCGGGGCUCGGGUGUUCGAGGUUGCUGGUGUGUGUGGCUGAGAAGGAUGAGUUGAGGGAGAGAGGUGUUUGUUACUACGAUGCUGUGAAGGAGAGUGGGUGGCGAGGAAAUAUAGAGUUGUUUGAAGUGAAGGGAGAGGACCAUACUUUUCAUGUUUUUAAUCUGGCGACUGAGAAUGCAAUCAAUAUGAUCGAGCGCUUGGCUUCUUUUUUAGUCCAAUGAAAGUAUGUUGUUUUUAUUUCGCUAUGGAAAACAAUAAUAAUAAUAAUAAGGAGAAUACUUAGCUACUCUACUCACAAGGGUAACCUAUUCACUCCUAUGUAAUUCAACAAUAAAAUAAUACAUCACCUUUAAUAAUAAAAUAAUUCACACAUUUUUGUACUUUUUUGAAUUAAUCAUUGAAUAAACUAUUUUUAUG